AUGAAGAAGCAGCAGCAAGCAAUACACGACGACGACUCGUCCGGUGGGGCGCAACGCAAGACUCGACGGGUGAGGAUCAACUUGCGAUCCACGGCAAUGGGUUCGGAUAGCGAGCGGCAACGGUUUCGACGAAAUAACACAGACGAAGGGAGCAACUAUGAUUCGCGAAGCUUCAGACAGGCCCCGAAGAAGAAGCACCGGCUGCGACGGACAGUCAGCGAAGAUCCUCGUAUGAGUGCCACGGGAGGAUCUGGCGGAGGAGGGCAGACGCGGCGGACGUCGCGGAUAUCUAUGUUGCAUCGACGGGAGAGUUUGCUGGAGAAACAACAAGAGAACAAGCGCAAGAUGCGGGGACAGUAUUCGUUCUCGGUAGACCAUUCUGGUGGCAAGGAUUUCUUCGAGAGGGAGUACAGCUUCUGGAGUUCCAAGCCGGCGUUGGCAAUGUUUUGCUUUUUGGGGUUGGCGGUCUCCACGAAAAAUGCAAACUUAGCUUACGGCGCCUUGAUAGUGUUCCUAUAUGAAGUGGGCGUGGUCUUUUCCAAGUGGAAGGGGUUCAUUAUGAAUCACCCUCUAGUACAGGAUUGCUCGGAAGUGACCGGUUGGUGGAUUCGCUAUUCUCUGCGGCAAGUGGAACGGUUUCUAGACAAGAAGGAUGUCACACGAAAGGCGGCGUUUGGAGUGUUCCUAGUGCAUUUCGACAUGACGUCCAACGUUGUAGGAGGAUAUUUCCAACAGCGCAAAGAGGAAGUAACAAAGAGAACUUUGGCGGAAGCGCAGCGUCUGCGUGACAGACUCCACAACAUCACUUCCUGA